CUCGUCCGCGGCGGCGCGUUCGCGGAGAACGCCGUCGCCGCGUGGCUCGCCGGCGGGUGCGUCUGGGUCUUCUCCCUCGUCGUCCUCGGCGGCGCGACGCGGCUGACGAGGAGCGGGCUGUCGAUGACGGACUGGAAGUUCGAGUGGGAGCGCGCGCCGAGCACGGAUGUAGAGUGGCGCGCGGAGUUCGACAAGUACAAGCGGUCUCCGGAGUACGUCAAGACCAACGUCGGGAUGACGCUCGAGGAGUACAAAUUCAUCUACUGGAUGGAGUUCGGCCAUCGCAUGUGGGGCAGAGGCCUCGGCGCGUACUUCGCGCUGCCCCUCGCCGUGUUCGCCGCGGCCGGGUUCGUGACCCCCGGCCUGAUGGCGCGCCUCGCGGGCUUGUUCACCCUGGGCGCGUGCCAGGGCAUGAUCGGGUGGUGGAUGGUCAAAUCCGGGUUGACGCUCAGGCGCGCGGCGGAGCGAAACGAGAUCCCGCGCGUGUCGCCGUACCGACUCGCGACGCACCUCACCGGCGCGUUCACGAUCUACGUCGGAAUGCUCUGGACGACGCUCAGCGUAGCGUUCCCGGGGUGCGCGAUCGAGGAUCACGCGCGACGGUCGAUGACGUGGGUGGCGGGCGACUCCGGGGCGCGACGGAUCGCGAUGCUCGCGUUGGAAGCCGCGCGGAAAGCGCGUCAGACGAUCGUUCCCCUCGCGGGGCUCAUCGCGACGACCGCGCUGUCCGGGGCGUACGUCGCGGGGAUGGACGCGGGGAGGGCGUUCAACACGUUCCCGCUCAUGGGGGGGAGGGUCGUCCCGGAGGAGUACUUCGACAUGUGGGAGAAGUACGGGUGGCGGAAUUUUUUCGAAAACACCGCGGCGGUGCAGUUCGACCACCGCGCGCUCGCGGUGACGACGUUACUCGCGGUAACGUACGCAUGGGGAACGUUACGUGGUAACCCGCGGCUCCCCGCGGUCAGCUCCCUCGCGCUCGACGCGGUCAUGGUGGUAACGCUCGCGCAGGUGGGGUUAGGGAUCUCCACGUUGUUGUAUCACGUCCCGGUGAGCCUCGGGAGCUUACACCAGGCGAACGCGCUUCUGCUCAUGACGACCGUCGUGGGGUUGCUGUACACGCUGCGGGUGCCG